AUGUCUGACCCAAGACACAACGAUCAACGAGCUGCCAUGAAUCUGCUAACGGAACAAGAGAGCAGCAUCUUGGCAGUUUUCUGGAAAAACUCCCAUGUCCCGAUUGCAAGUAUAGAGACCUCGGAUUCAGACGAAAAUAAACCAAUGUGCCGAACAGAAAGUUCAGAUACCUCGUGGUCGACUGGAGGUGUAUCGACAGAUAGUGGUUGCUUCUGUUCAGCUGGAAGUACGGGUGAAAUGUGCACUCAUGCUCCAUUAGAAGAAGUUUUUCCCUCUAUUCCUCUCGCUUCUGAAGACUUCCAGUUUCCAGAAUUCAUACCUUUGAGCGGAGAACUGUCUCAGUCUUUCCAAAACUAUCAGGAUUUCGAUCCAUUUCAGUUCGACGAUAUGCCUGCUCUAAAGCCAGCCCAUGAGCCUCAUUUCUCCCUCCCGGAGUCUCCAGAUCCUUCUGACUGUGCCUAUAGUCGAGAGAUUUCGGAAGACAGCGUUGAAACAUGCUGGAGCAGCGACCAAGCCUCUUCAUCGUCUGCAGUUACAGAGAAAAAGAAGCACCAACUCGUGGUUCAACUGAUGGCGAGACUCCAAGAGUGGCUAGUAGUGACGCUCCGAAGGCACGGGGCUCGGAACGGCCAGUCAGCUUCGAGCAGUAGCUCUACACCAGUUGUCACAGCAGCCAGUCGUAGUGGAGAGUCAUCAAACACUCAGAACUGGAGAAAGCGUCGGAGAAGUGGUUCUGAUGAUGGUUUUGGUGAGGACGACAAGACGCCAGAUCGAACCCAGAAGAAGCGCGGGAAACCCAGUGAUGCUAUCGAAACCAGAUAUGUUUGUCCUUUCUUCAAGCAUAAUCGUGAGAAGUACAAAACAUCUCAGUGGAAAAGCUGCUGCUGGCCGGGUUGGACCUCUGUUCAUCGAGUCAAGGAACAUCUAUAUCGACGGCAUAUGCUUCCCAAGUUCCGCUGCAAUAGAUGCAGGCAAGACCUCAAAUCAGCUUUCAACCUCAACGAACAUCAACGAGCGGAUACUAUUUGCCAAAGACAAAGUGAAGAGCCUGAAGAAGAAGGAAUCGAUGAAGAACAAGAGAGAUUACUGCGUGUCAGAAAGAGGAAGAAUGGGAAAGCCCCACAAGUUGCAGAAGAAGAGAAGUGGGUUGAGAUGUAUAAGAUUCUCUUCCCUCAAGAUGAUCCAAUUCCUUCUCCAUAUCCCGAACUAUGUCCUCUACAACCUGAACAAGACACAGAGCAGCCCGGGGUGAAUGUGUUAGACAGUUUUGAGGACUACGCACGGCGUGAGUUUUCGAGACGCAUGAGGCCGCGGAUAGAGAGUUUAGUCGAUGGAAUCCUCGAACAAACUCUCACUUCUCAAACGAUCACCGAUGUCGCCAAUAAUGUCCUCCAAAGCAUUAUGGAAUCUUUUCGCGAGAGUCAAAACCACGAGACUUGCCAACCAGAAUCCCAGAAGUCGCCCUCGAGAAGCCCUAGCCCUCAAGAAAUGCCUGUCGACAGCUCUACUCGAGUACCUCAAGAAGCCUAUACUUUUGACACCGGUCCCUAUUCAAACUUGGAGAUUGACUUGGAUGAGAUUCUAAACUCAUUAGAUGCUAAUCAGUCGUUGGAAUUUGAACGUUGGGGAAUAGAAGAUGAAGGAAUAAACACAUUCAAUCAUUUUGGGCUCCAGGUUGAGCAGUAUAGCAAGGCAAACGCCUGA